AUGAAAGUGCAGGAUUUCAUACUAUUUGGUUCACUAAUAUCACUAAUUCAAUCAGCUAUAGUCGUAGUUACUGAAAUAAAAUACGUAACAGUACUGAGAGUUCCAAUAAUAAAUGAUUUAGGUACAAUUUUUACUGAAGUUUUGCUAGAAGAUACACCAACUCAAAAUCCUGAACCAACUCCAAUUAUUGAAGAACCACAACCAGCAAUAAUAACAGAUUUUGAACAACCACAACCACCUCAACCAAUUGUUGAAGCUACAGUCAUUACUCAAAUACAUGAAGUUGUUGUCCCAAUAGAAGAAGAGCAGCCUCAGCUAGAACCUCAACCCCAAUUACAACCACAACCUCAGUUGGAACCUCAGCCAGAACCUAAACCACAACCAGCGCCUCAAGCACAACCAGAACCACAACAAAAACAGAAACAAGAACAAGCACCUGUACAAUCAGGUCCAUCAUUUGCGCAAGAAAUUUUAAAUGCUCACAAUCAAAAGAGAUCAUUACAUGGAGUACCACCAUUAAUAUGGGAUGAAAACCUAUACAAUUAUGCUCAAAAUUACGCUAAUCAAUUUGAUCAAAUUGGUUUUAAACAUUCAGGAGGUCCAUAUGGAGAAAAUUUAGCUCUUGGUCUUAAUGAUGCAACAUCAGUUGUUAAUAUGUGGUAUUCCGAGAUUAAAUACUACAGUUGGAAUCAUCAAUAUUCAAGUUCAACUGGACAUUUUCUGCAAGUGGUCUGGAAAUCUACAAGUAAAUUGGGCUGUGGUAGAUCUGGUAAUUUUUGGAUUUGUUCUUAUUCAUCACCUGGAAAUUUACUGGGAGCUUUUGCUCAAAAUGUUUUGCCUUUAGUUUAA